UAAUUAAGUAUAUCCUCUUCCAACCCAACUUCGGUCCAGGGCCUUCCACUUAUGACAACCAUAUCAUAACUCCAUCUUUACAAUUACUCCAACUGGUGCUACUAUACGUUUUCCACUAAAUCAUCAUCGAUCAAUAUGGCUGGAAGUUCUUCGUCCUACAAAAAAUACCAAACCCGUACCCGAAACCCGAACCCAAAAGCCUCAGUCUUAUUAGUCAUCGAUAUGCAAAACCAUUUUUCAUCAAUUGCCAAACAAAUAAUCCCAUCUAUCACUUUCACUAUCCAAACAUGCCGUGAAGCUUCAAUCCCAAUCAUCUUCACACGUCACUGCCACAAGUCUCAAGGUGAUCAUGGCAUGCUAGGAGAGUGGUGGAACGACUUGAUCAUCGAUGGCACGUACGAAUCAGAGCUGAUGAACGAUCUUGGACGACGAAAAGAGGACAUGAUCGUGGAGAAGCACACAUAUAGCGCGUUUAGAGGGACGGGUUUAGAGGAGCAACUUAAGGAGAUGGGAAUUGAGGAAGUGAUUAUAACGGGUGUGAUGACUAAUCUGUGUUGUGAAACGACGGCCAGGGAAGCAUUUGUCAGAGGGUUUCGUGUGUUUUUCUCGACGGAUGGGACUGCGACAUCGGAUGAGGCUUUGCAUGAAGCUACGUUGAUGAAUAUGGCUUAUGGGUUUGCUUAUUUGGUUGAUUCUAAUAGCCUUAAACAUGCUUUACCAUAGUAUGUUUGAUAAAAUUUGCUUUAAUUAGCCACACAAAACUAAUAUAGCUAUACGUAUGUGGUAAAAUUCACACAAUAAAUAGGUGUUAUGUGAAGCAGUAGUAAUAAAGUUGUUUGCAGAAAUAACCGUUUAGAUGUAUAUAUAAUGGUCUGUGAUUUAUGCAAUAAGUUUAUUUGGCAA